CCGCCUAUCUCAGCCUCAGCUGAAUUUGACAUGGUUACUACUGACGUGUGACAAAUGUUUGUUUUUAGUUUGUUUAGAUUAAAGGAAUAAUUUUGGAGAAAUUGACAUUAUCAAAUUAGAUAAGGUCUAUCAGUAUAUUUAGAUAUAUCCUGGUGUUUUGUAAAUUUCAGUGUAUAAGCAGCAAAAUGUCUUUAGAAAGUAAAUAUAACCUUAAAAGUCCUGGUGUAAAACGUUUAAUGAGAGAGGCAAUAGAAUUAGCUAAUCCCACAGAAGAGUAUUUUGCAUGUCCUUUAGAAGAUAAUCUGUUUGAGUGGCAUUUUACAGUGAGGGGUCCUCCAGGGACAGAAUUUGAGGGUGGAUUCUAUCAUGGAAGAAUUUUACUUCCCUCACAAUACCCUAUGCAACCUCCCAACAUUAUUUUGUUGACACCAAAUGGAAGAUUUGAGGUUAACAAGAAAAUAUGUUUAUCAAUAUCAGGACACCAUCCUGAAAGUUGGCAACCUUCUUGGUCAAUACGUACUGCUCUUCUGGCACUAAUAGCGUUUAUGCCCACUCCAGCAUCCGGAACAAUUGGUUCUUUAGAUUACACAGCAGAAGAGAGACAAGUAUUAGCAAAAAAGACAAAAAAUUGGGAAUGUUCAACCUGCGGUAAGAUAUCAGAAAAGUUGUCUACAGGAGGGCAUGUACUUAGUCCAAAAUUGACACAAGAAGAAAGUACCUUAAUAAAGCAGAUAGCGUUGAAGGCAGAAGAGGACGCGAAUAAGAAAGAACCCCAUAGCGAAAGUAAAAGAAGAGAAGAAAGUACAUCGGGAGAGAGAGAUGAUAGUGAACUCAGGCAAAGAAUUUCUACGCAAGUAAAUGAAUCUGUUGAUGAAAGUAUUUUAGCACCUGCGGCCGAUCCUUUAUUAGAAGAUUCAAUUCAAAGAAGUAAUACGGAUAAAUUAUGGACAGCAGCAAUCUGGAUAUUAAUAACCAUAAUAGCUCUCCUGCUAAUACGACGGAUUUUUUUCCUAUAAGCCAAUAGCAGUAUAAAACAUUGUAUCUCUUUAAAUAGAAACUUUUAUACCAACAUGAAAGCAGUGUAAUUAGGACACAGUGCACUGUAUUUUAUAAGUAAAGACUAAAGACAAACAUUUGUAUAUUGUAUGUCGUCAGAUCUCGGAAUUUGACAUUAUGCUGAGUAUUAGGAUUUCAGUUAACUGUAUAGUCUUUAAAUUCUUUAAUAAGUAAAAAGUUCAUUUUUAUUCUCAAUAAUGUUUAUAUAGGAAGGUAUUUGGAUGGACAGGAUUAGAAAGGAAUCAUCAUCAUCAUCAUUGGCUCUACAACUCUGCUGGGUCUUGGGCUGUUUUCCAAUUUCGUACUCUUAACAGGAAGGGAAAGGAAUAGUUCUCAAUAAUUAUUUUGCAACAUAAAACGGUUUAACCUACGUAUAUCUUGCUAAUAUCUUGUGAAUUCUUGCAAGUGAACAUUUUGUUGUCAUGAUUUCUAAAAUACUGACAAUACAGAGUAUUUUCGAGGUAUGUCUCUAAGAUGAAGUUCUUUAAGGAAUUCUCUUUAAUAAUAAUCUUUUUCUCAUUCUGUAUAUGCUUCAUUUCUGAUUGGUUUUUGAUGACAUAGAUAAUAUACGUGGGCAGUCCGAUAAGUACUUAGCCUACAAAAGAAAAAGGAACAUUUUGGAAAAGUGGCAAUUUAUUUCUCUACAUAGUCUCCUUUUAGCUCGAUACACUUGACCCAGCGAUGCUCCAACUUCUUUAACCCGUCUGAAAAAUACCUUUUCUCGAGGUCUGCAAAAUAGGCUUCGGUGGCGGCGAUGACCUCCUCAUUCGACUUAAAUUUCUGCCCAGCGAGUGUCUUUUUUAAGUUUGGAAACAAAUAGUAGUCGCACGAGGCCAAAUCUGGAGAAUACGGUGGAUGGGGCAACAUUUCGUAGCCCAAUUCGACCAAUUUGGUCAUGGCGACGGCAGAGGUGUGAGCCGGUGCGUUGUCAUGGUGGGAGAGCACUUUUCCUUUGCCAAAUGGGGUCGUUUUUUCUUCAAUUCGGCGUCGAAUCGGCCCAGUAAUUCGGCAUAAUAGGGCCCUGUGAUCGUUUUGCCCUUCCCCAAGUAGUCGAUGUAGAUCACACCUUGUGAAUCACAGAAAAUGCUGGCCAUCACCUUUCCGGCCGAUUGGACAGUCUUCGCCUUCUUCGGAGCACGGUCGCCGGGUGCUGUCCACUCUCUCGACUGUUUCUUGGUUUUUGGUGUAUACCAGUGAAUCCAUGUUUCGUCGACGGUUAUGAAACGACGUUAAAGCUCCUUUGUAUCACACUUAAAUAGUGUCAAACACUGCUCUGAAGUGGUCUAUCGGUUACGCUUAUUGUCUAAAGUGGGCAAACGCGGCACCCAUCGCGCCGACAGCUUUCUCAUGCCCAAAAGUUCAUGCAGGAUAUGACCUACGCGGUCUUUUGAGAUGCCUACUGUGUCAGCUAUCUCGCGCACCUUCAGUCGGCGGUCUGCCAAUACAAGAUCGUGGAUUUUUGUCACGUGAUUCUCUGUGGUAGCCAUUUUCGGGGCACCUACGCGUGGCUCAUCAAAAACCGACGUUCGUCCACGUUGAAACUCAUUAAACCAAUUUUUGACAGUUGCCCUCGAAGGAGAUGAGUCACCGUACACAGCAUCCAAGCGCUUUUUGAUUUCGCUGCGUGAUUUCCCUUUCAAAAACAAGAAUCGAAUCACCGACUGAUAUUGCCCUUUUUCCAUUUUAUUAAAAUCCGCACACACGUUGACUUUCACACGCAAUCACAACAAUACUAUAAUUUCGAUUUGGCUGAAAUUUUGACAUUAGCCCUCUACGAGAGCGCAUUAAAUGACAGUACACUUCAUUUUUGUGAUAGUGGCGCCGUCGGGCGGAGAGGCUAAGUACUUGUCGGACUGCCCUAGUAGUUUCAAUAGUUUCCCGCCAAGUUUGUUGACCGUGAGCCGUCAGCUGUCUUCUGUAAUCUCUUGUUGAUAAAGUUGCUUAUGACUUCAUCUUGUGGGAUGUAUAUUCUUCUAGUAUGUUUAUACUGAAAAGCAGAUAACUGAAACGGCCAUGGUUAUUUGCACUGUCAAUCGAAGAGUUGAUAGUUUCCAUAAAUGUUCGCGUUUGUCAUUCCUCAAGUUGAUGUAAGCUGACAUUUGUUACUUCAGCUAUACCAUUUUUCUUUCGAUAAUCUAUUCAUUAUUGUAUGGCCACAGUAUCCAAGAUAUGUUAGUAAUGCAAUAAUGUUUAUUUCUGUGAUCAGACGAAAUCAUAUAAAGACGCGAUUUAGGAUAAUACUUGGGUUUAGUUAAAAUGAUCAUAAAAAUUCUUUGGCAUUUAUAUUUUAACUAUCUUUUUGUGAUUUUAUUUAAGUUGUAUCUAAUUUAACCAAAACCAGUACAGUUAAUUCGUAUAUGUUUACAUAUAUAUUUAUUGUUAGAAUAUAAUUAUUUAAAAAUAUAUAUUUUUUGUUUCAACAA